AUGACUGUCGAUAGCGAUACGCUGGUUAUCAAGAGAGUUAGGGCCUCUUUUGAAAGCUCGAAAGUGGCACAUCUUGAUGGAUUGAUCCUCAACCAGAUAGAGAGAGCAUAUAGUUGUGAUUCCCCGAUAUCAAUGCUUCGCAUGUCGGGUGCAUCCGUGGAUAUCACAGAGACGAGGACCCAGGGAAGGCAUCUAUGUAUAGAGCUUGGUGGCUCGACGCUAAGGAUAGGCAUAGUGGAGUUCCAUAGCGACUCUGGGGACUUCAAGAUGGUGGCUGGGAAGAGAUGGGACAUUGAUGAGAGCUUGAAGCUCGUCAACGAUGAGUUCUUUGAAGACAUAGUUAUGAAGUGUAUUGAAGAUAUCGAUUUUAAGGCUGCUGGUGAGCUGCCACAUUCCGUGUGUAUCACAUGGAGCUUUCCCUUGGAUCCCAAGGGCAGAAUCAUUACAAUGGGCAAAGGCUGGACUUUGGAUAAGCAGCUGGAAACAUCACCAUUGCAUAGCGUAUUCAAAGCUGCAUUUGAUAAGCAUGGCGUUCGAGUGGAUGUGAAAAGAGUUGUUAAUGAUAGCAUCAGUUUGAUGAUGUUUGCAUUAACAAAAGGUUCCAAUAUGGCGUUGGUUUUGGGUACUGGUGUUAACAUGUGUCUCGCGAGGGACUCCACUCUCUAUAAUGUUGAGCUGGGUUUCUUUGGGUCCCUUGAACAACCAACGGAGUACGAUUUACUGUUAGAUGAGAGCGUGUCUGUUCCAACCUUUUGA